AUGGAAGAUAAAGGCGGCAGUGGAAACCCAGCUUGGCAGCAGCAGUGGGUUGAAUGGACCAACGUCUUACCGAGCAGCAACACACAAUAUCUGCUCAUCUGCCUUGGCUACGUCAUAAUAUUUGCAUAUCAUACACGGCACAGUAUCUCAGCUUACUAUGGACACUCACGUACAAAGAAGUCCCUGGCACUGGCCUUGCAUAUUCUGGCUGCUACCUUUGAGCUUACGCGAUACUACUUUCGUGCAUUCAGAAGAACAGUACAGCCAGAUCUCUUCGACACGGCUGCCUGCAUGAUCCAUUCGAUCACCAGCCUCCGUCUAGCUAGAACGUUGCGCAGGGGAGAUAAAACCACUCGGGCAUCGUACCAGGCGCCGGCGAUGCUGCGACCAGUGCUAUCCUUUGCCGCAGUGGUACGACAGGACGCUUCUGCGCAUGAGGCUUGUGUCAAACUUCUCCAUGCUUUCUUGUACACCCGACUGCUCAUUUUUGUGGCCAAGAGAAUUGGCUUGGGGAAGAUUCAGUCUCACUCUACUAUAUACGCUCGAGCGGUAACCCUAGGGGCCAUUUUAGCAAUUAGGUCCUCGGGUCUUCCGGCAGGAGUGCCGAUAUACGUCGGAGCGGUCGGCUUAGUUAUGGUUUUUAACCAGCAAACACCCAGCAAUCUCCCUUCAUCGGUUCAUUUAAUGGAUGGCAUUGAAAGACGUCCUGAUACCAGAGUCAUCAGGUCAACCUCCGUCAAAAUGACUAAGGAAAAAGUUCAACAGGCCGUUACGAAAGUCAUCCACUGGCUGGGUUUGUUCGAAAUCAAGGGUUUUGAAAUGAAGCACCUUUCGCCCGCUAUACCUGCAAGUGAUAUUGAUGAAUACACCGAGCAAAAGCUUGCCGCUACAUGA